AUGAGCGGGGUUGGUGAAUCGCGAUCGGAAUUGUUGGGGUGGUUGAACGAACUUCUACGGCUUAAUUACGGCAAAAUCGAGCAAUGUGGCACUGGUGCUGCAUAUUGUCAAAUUGUGGAUUCGAUAUAUGGGGAUGUUCCAAUGCAUCGAGUGAAGUUCAAUGCAACGGCAGAAUACGAGUUUCUAACGAAUUUCAAGAUUUUGCAGAGUUCUUUUACCAAACAUCGACUUGAAAAAACCAUCUUGGUUGAAAAACUGGUAAAAUGUAGGUUUCAAGACAACCUGGAGUUCUUACAAUGGCUCAAGAAAUUUUGGUUCCAAAACAAGGACGAAAGCUUGUACGAUGCAGAAUCGAGGCGCAAAUAUCGGGCCCCAGCACUUCCUGCGGGACAUGGGGAUGGAGUUCCGGCUUCGAGAUCAAUCUCGUCAUCUACAGGUGGUUACCACCAGGGCGGCGGAUCGAGUUCUUCUGCUCCAACAAGUAUGGUUAAAAAACGUGUGAAUGGACCACUGCGAAAUACAGCGUCAAUGGGAUCUGCAAGAUUAUCCACCACAGGCUUAAUGUCACGCAAAUCAUCAGCGGAGCAACAAGCACAUGUCGUGGGUCUCCAAACAAAGCUUUCGCAAGCUCAAAGCAAUCUCGAAAGUACGGAAAAGGAAGUCGGUCAAUAUAGAGAAGCAAUUGCAAUAAUGGAACGAGAACGCGAUUUCUAUUUCGGUAAGCUACGGGACAUUGAAAUCCUGUCGCAGUCCACCAAAGACCUCUGCAAAGAAGGCGUGUAUUCUAGCGAUCCUCAGGAACUCGUUCGGUUUUUGAGUAAAAUUCAACAAAUAUUGUACGCUACGGAGGAAGGAUUUGAAGUAGCCAUCGAUGAAUCUAGCAACAAUCACAAUGGUUCUCCAAACCCUUCUGCAAACUCGAAUAAUAUAGCUGCUUCCACAGUGCAAGAAGCAGUAAACCAACCAGCACACAACUUGAUCAUUGACGAGGAAACUUUUUGA